GAUAUAGUGAAUGCGGGGUCCGGGGAGAGCGGAUAUAGUGAAUGCGGGGUCCGGGAGAGCGGAUAUAGUGAAUGCUGGAUCCGGGGAGAGUGGAAUAUAGUGGAUCCGGGGAGAGCGGAUAUAGUGGAUACAGGGUCUGGGGAAAGGGAUAUAAUGAAUGCGGGGUCCGCGGUGGUGCGUAUACGGUCUGGGAGGGGUGAGAAUAGGUUAAAAGAGUGUUGGUUGACAGAGCAUAGGUCGAUAUAGCAUCAGUUGAAAACCUAUCAGUUGCUAGGG